AUUAUUGUGACUUGAUAACAAAGCCAGAUCAAUGCAUGCUCUUCUACUAUAUCAAACCAUUUUCCACUCCCAAUUUUGCAUUUUCCCAUCCACCAUUUCUCCACAUUUCCAUCUCCCUUUUCGUUUGCGCUGUUUGAUGGGAAAAUGAGAGAAAGAAUGGAAAGAUUCGUUCUUCUUCCCUUUGCCAUCGGUUGCAUUUCUGAAUCGAGCGUUGCUGUUGGCGGUGUGCAGCGGCAGCCGCCCAGAACAUCAAAACCGGACACAAAUCCGUCUCCAAUAAGAACAAAAGAAGCUGAAGAGGAAGAAGAUGAAGCAGAUAGAUUAUCCGGCGAAAGCAUGAAGAACUCGUUUAGAUCCCUGGCUCUUCCAAAACCAAACAUAUCAACCGGUGUUCAUAGGCUCUUCAAGGGUUUCAAGAACUUCUCUCAGUUAUUUGGGAGAUUCGAACUCGGAUGCAUGGGGAAGCACAUCUACUCUAGUCAAUAUAGCUACUCCCACGUCAGCUCUAGUUUAUCUCUGAUUACUCUUGUGGUGAUUUUCUUGAUAGUUUACAAGGAUGAUAUGGAAGAAGAAGUGCUGGAAAUGGGUAUGGAAAUAGGGUGUCCUACAGAUGUGAAGCAUGUGACACACAUAGGUUGGGACGCUUCUGCUUCCGCUGCCUCUGCAACAAUUGAUCCUGUUAGGGGCUGGGAUAAUCUCGUAUCGCCUGAUCUGCUCUCUGUUUCCCCUCUUUCUUGGAGGCAAUUUGAGCUCUCUGUGCCGUCACAAGCUGAAGCUGCAGUACCACCUCUUGUUCAUGGCUCUUCUUCUUAAUUUGUUCAAGAAAGAUUGGUGGAUGUGAUUAUAUUUAAGACUUUAAGGGCUCGUUUGGUGCCUAGGAUUUCCAAAAUAGAAAUCAAAUCCUCUGUCUCCCCCGCUACGUACAUUUCCACUAUGGUUCUUGAAGGUGUAAUGGGUGAUAUAUAUUAUAUAUAUAUAUGUGUGUGUGUGUGUGUGUGAAUUUGUAAUUAAUUUACGGCAUCUGAAUUUUGAUGAUAUAUGCACUCAUGUAUACACACACUUAUUUGGCAUUUAAUACAAUUAUGAAUUUAUGGUAAUUUAAAGACCACUUGUUGUGACAUUAAAAUAUAUUUAACAAACAAUGUAGCAUACAUUACAUGAUGAGUGAUUACAGUUUGACAAGAAGCAGCAAA